AUGCAUCAGCCCCAAACGCGGGCUGCCCGCUUGCCUUUAUUCUCUCCUCUCGUUAUAAUCUAACCCUAGGUACAGCAGACUCCUAAAACUGCAGUGGCGAAGGAAUUGAUCGAGGUGGGAUCGAAACAUCGUUAUCAUUAAUUAAAUGGCUUCAAGCGAUAAGACGCCGGGUGCUAUGCCCCCCGGCGGCGGCGAGGGGGAGACGCUGGGAAAGCCGAUGACGGUGGGGCAGCAUUUGCUGGACAAGGGAGCGCAGAUGAUGCAGUCGCUGAAGCCGGUGAAGGAGAUGCAGCAGCAUGCUUGUACCUUCGCUCUCUACGGCCACGACCCCACUCGCCAGAUCCAGACUCACCACUACCUCACCCGACUCAACCAGGACUUCCUCCAGUGCGCCGUCUACGACUCCGACGAUUCCAGCGCCCGACUCAUCGGAGUGGAAUACAUCGUGUCGGAUCGCAUAUUUGAAGACCUGCCGCCCGAUGAGCAGAAGCUGUGGCACUCCCACGCCUAUGAGAUAAAAUCAGGGCUGUGGGUGAAUCCCCGGGUUCCAGAGAUGAUACAGAAAACAGAGCUUCAAAAUCUGGCCAAAACAUACGGCAAGUUUUGGUGCACCUGGCAAGUCGAUCGAGGGGAUAGGCUUCCGUUGGGUGCGCCGGCGCUGAUGAUGUCGCCACAGGCGGCGGAGGGAGGGAGGGUUAAGCCGGAGCUGAUUAAGAAAAGGGAUGAGAAAUACAACAUAUCAACUGAUUCGCUGAAGGGAGGGAGGAUUGGGAUAGGGGAGCCGGAGUCGAUCAACCCCCAGGCCGACCACUGGAAGAAGACUGGCAAAGGUUUCGCCAUCGACAUUGAGUCCGCCGACAUGAAGCUUCGGGCACCCUUUCCCUGACGUUUGACGACCUACUUCCUCUUCAGCCAAUAAAUUAAGAUCGAGUGGGUACAUGGAUUAUGCAUGGUUAAUUUUAUGUAUAUGGUGUGGGUGCAUGAUGCCUAUGCUGGCUAGCUCGUGUGUGUGUGUGUGUGUGUGUGUCUCUCUCUCUCUCUCUCUCUCUCUCUCUCUCUCUCUCUCUCUCUCUCUCUCUCUCUCUCUGGGUUUCGCGUAAAGUGUGGCUAUGGCUAUUGCUCUAUUUAAGUUCUGAUAUGGAGUGUAAAUUGAGGGGGGUACUGUGGUGUACAUGAAUGUUUGUAUUCAAACAUUUUGUGAUGCAUAUCUGUGAUUAUGACAAA